CACACCCGCCACAAACAAGAAAAUGGCUCGGGCUAGCUAAGAUAUUUUUGUACGUGCAUUUACGCCAUAAUUUGAGGUAGUAAAUAUACAUAUUGCUUUUAAAGUGCUGACUAAUCAUUCCCGACCAUGACGGCAGCAAUCCAUGAGCUGCUCUCCUCCGUAAUGGGGGUUUUAGUUGAAAGUGUGGUGUCGGAGUUGAGCAAACAUCUCUCUGAUUUCACCACUGUCUUAUCAGAGGAGUUAAAGAGCAACAAGGGCGGGACUGUCAACAAAAACAAACUCAAGCAGGCGAAUCAAGCCAAAACUAAGGAGUUUUCAGCAUUCAUGGAGAUGUUGAGUAAAGCAACAGUAGAGACCAUGGUAAAGCUGAUUUAUGAUCGCAUCACGGCUCAAAUACUGGAAGCUACAGCAAAGUUGCAGCUCUCAAAACAAGACACGUCAAAUGAGGGUGAAGCAGCCACAUCUGAGCCUGAUAGUGUGCCUUUGGAGCCUGAAAAGAACAAUGGUGAUGAAGUGGAAACAGAGCAUCAUGAUGUUGACUCUGGACUUGCAGCAAAUAAUCAGUACCAACAGCUUUCCUCUGCACAGGCAGUAAAUCUAGUGGGGUGUUCAGGUGAAAGCCAACCUUCUACAAGCACAAAUGUGGCUGCAGUAGAGAGGCAGGAGCCUUUAAUUUGUGACUCCUGUGGAAUGUCUUUCAACGAUGUGGCCUUGUUGGACAUUCACUAUGCUUUACACAAAGAAAGACCUUUCAAUUGUCUAACAUGUGGGAAUUCUUUCAAAAUGAUGAAAUGCUUAAUGAAACACCAGAGAUUUCACACAAUUCCGGAUUUAAAUAUUGAGUUUGAAACUCUUCACGAAGAAUUCGUUGUGCAGCUCGAAACAUGUGAUUCAGUCGAUCCAUCUAUGGAAACAAUUGAAGUGACCACUCAAAGCUUGCUCCAAAAUAACUACGACAAUGAAGAUGAAUCUUGUGCUUACUUUGAAACCAGUCAGGAUGUAAACGAAUCACUUGUGCAAGGCUUAAAUAUCAUCAUCGAGAACACAGACAUUCAGCCUGACAUUACCUCCAACACGAAUAUAGUAAAGCAAUCGAACGAUGGCUUGUUCCGAUGCAAAACCUGCGGGAAGUGUUUUGAACUUAGGUGGAAGUUCAUUAACCAUGUUCGGGCUCAUGUUAAACAUUAUAAGUGUUCCUACUGUGAUAAGCGUUUUACCAUGAGGAGCUGCCUUAUCAGACAUGUAGCAAUGCACACUGGAGCUCAGUUAUUCAAAUGUGAUAUAUGUUCCAAGUCAUUCGUAUUUCAGGCCUCUCUGGAGAAGCACAAGCGUCUGCACACGGCAGAGAAGACAGUUACUUGCCCAAACUGUCAGAAGAUUUUUCCUGGCAAGCGCUCUUACGGUAGACACAGGUGCAGAGCACUCGAAAAGCUUUACAGCUGCCCUGUAUGUGACAAGCAGUUCAAAAUUAAACAAAACAUGCUUGAUCACCAAACGCUGCACACUGGAGAGAAGCCAUACUGCUGCGAGAUAUGUGGUGCAUUUUAUAGUUGUGAGAGAUAUCUGAAAAAUCACCAGAAGAGUCACAUUGAGAAAACGUACGAGUUCGGAUGUGACCUCUGCAACAAGCGAUUCAGCGCUCGAAAACAUUUGCAAGCACAUAUGCUUGUGCAUACGAGGGAAAAACGGUAUGCGUGCGACAUCUGCGACAAGAAGUUUGCCACCUCUGGAAAUCUCAACAGACACCGAGCAGGUCACACAGGAGUGAAGCUGUAUGGUUGUCCUAUAUGUUUGAAGAGGUACACCACUGCAUACGCUCUAAAAAUUCACACGCACAAACACACUUCAAGCAAACCGUUUCUUUGUGAUAUUUGUGGGAAGGGAUUUACCAGUUCAGACUACAUGAAAAGGCACAAGCGAAUUAUUCACAUAGGAAGGAGAGAUUGUGUCUGUUCGAUCUGUAAUAAGGCUUUCAUCUUCCCCAGUUCUCUUAAUCAACACAUGCUUGUACAUACAGGAGAGAAGCAUCAUGAAAGAUUAGUCAGUCCUUUGCUGAAGAAGUUCAGUUGCGAUCAUUGUCAAAAGAAAUUCUACUCUCAAGCUGCCCUCACAGUGCACCAAAGGGUUCACACUAAAGAAAAGCCUUACAGUUGUGACGUAUGUGGAAAGAGCUUUGGGUAUGCAAGCAGUAUUCAAAUGCACAUGAGAAUCCAUACUGGGGAGAGGCCUUUUGGUUGCGAUGUAUGUGGUAAGACAUUCAAUCAGGCUGUACAUCUGAGGACCCAUCAGAGAGUACACACUGGGAUGAAAUCAUUCAGUUGUGAGAGCUGUGGAAAGAACUUUGUGGACCAGAGAAACCUGAAACAACAUAAAUGUAAAUACACCUUGUAAAUUCUUCAGUAGCAGUUACCUUUAUGCAAAACCAAAGGAUGCACUGUAAAACAUGUUAUGUAUCUUAUGUUCAGGGCUAUUAAAUAGUUAAUUAAAUGCAUAGCAUUAUAAUGUUAAUUGGUAAUGACCUAUAGAGUCUUGGGGACGAAAAAUGAAAUGAGAUUGUACGCUUGUGCAUUUUUAAGGUGUUGAAGGGUUAGUUCACCCAAAAAUGAAAAUUCUCUUAUUAUUUACUUACCCUCAUGUCAUCUAAGAUGUGUAUGACUUUCUUCAGGAGAACACAAACAAAGAUUUUUAGAAGAAUAUCUCAGUUCUGUUGGUCCAUACAAUGCAAGUGAUUGGUGAUCAGACCUUUGAAGCUCCAAAAUGUCAGCAUAAAUAAUCCAUUAAACUCCAGUGGUUAAAUCAAUGUCUUCUGAAGUGAUCCAGUUGGUUUUGGGAGAGAACAGACCAAAAUAUAACUCCUUUUUCAUCUUGACAGAAGUCUCAUUGGUGGUCAUGAUUUCAAGCUUGAUUACACUUCCUAUAGCGCUAGAUGGCGCUCUGCGCAAGCGUCAAGCACUAGUAAGUGUAAUCGAGCUUGAAGUCAUGAUUGUGCCUAGAGACUGCAAUGCCAAGAUGUACAGUGGAAAAGAUAAAAAAAAUAUAUUUACACCCCAAACCAACUGGAUCACUUCAGAAGACAUUGAUUAAACCACUGGAGUCUUAUGGAUUACAUUUAUGCUGACUUUAUCUCCUUUUUGGAGCUUCAAAGGCCUGGUCACUAUUCACGUGCAUUGUAUUGACCUACUCAGCUGAGAUAUUCUUCUUAAAAUCUUAAUUUGUUUUCAUUAGAAGAAAGAAAGUCAUCCACAUCUGGGAUAAGGCAUAAGGGUGAGUAAAUGAUGGGAGUAUUUUCAUUUUUGGGUGAACUAUCACUUUAACAAUUGUAUUUUCAAACAAAGACUGGAAACAAUUGUUGUGUUUGAAUGCAAUAAACACCAUGAAGA